CAUGCCAUGAAAAUUCAGCCGAAAGAAAACCAUCUCUCUUAGAACGCAUAGUUCAUCCUUUGGUCAUGGACUCAGACUCUGAAUUGCAGCAGAGCAAAAGGAGGAGGAGCCACCAGAGAGAAGAUCAAUCAGUAACUGGCUUGGAAAAUUUACCACAUGAAAUCAUCACUGAGGUAACUUCAAGGCUGCCCUUUUCAUCUCUGGUAAAAUUCAGGUAUGUAUGCAGAGCGUGGAAAAAUUUAGCACAAGACCAACAUCUUCGAAUUUUCGAUGCUUUGCAUAACUCUAACACAGCUGAUCACAACAAUCUGUGCCUGAUUUUUCACUGUGAUUACCCCAUCAGAAACCAUAUUUACUUUGUAGAUUACCCUUUUCACCAUGGUGAAAAGGAGACAAUGCUAGUGAAAAAAAUUCACCCUCCUUUCUGUGGUUCGAUGCCUGAGUUUGAUGUGGUAGGAUCAUGUGAUGGUUUGCUGUGCUUAUCUGAUUCGUUGUACAAUGAUGCAAUAUGCAUAUAUAAUCCGUUCACUAGGGAUCAUAGAGAGCUGCCUAAAUCAGUUCGAUUUCCUAAUCAAGAAGUGAUUUACGGAUUCGGGUUUCAUCCGAUUACUAAGGAGUACAAGGUAGUGAAGAUAGUGUACUAUAGUAGACGAGAAUCAUGGAGCCGGUUUCGAGUGUAUCGGCCACAAUCAGAAGUUCAAGUUUUCACUCUUGGAACUUCUGAUUGGAGAAGUUUAGGAGGAACAUCUCACUACCUUCAUCACUGGCCAGCUCAGGUCUUGGUCAAUGGAAGGCUUCAUUGGGUUACUUGGAGAAAGGGUUACCACCCUGGUCGAAAGCUCAUUUCUUUUGACUUAGGAGACGAGCAGUUCAGGGAGGUACCGAAACCGGAAGUUGACGGAUUGAGCAGGUGGAAUUAUCAUGUGCUGGUUGUAAGAGGUUGUCUUGCUGCAUUUUUUUACUGCAGUUAUGGGAAAUUGGAGAUGUGGGUUAUGGAGGAGUACGGUGUGAAGGAAUCAUGGGUUAAAGAGUUGACCAUUGGAAGUUAUGUGCCAAAGACAUUGAAACAAGAUGUUGAUAGAUCAUGGAAGAUUUCAAAGAUUGUUAAAAGAGGAAGACAUGUUAGGGUUUUGUGUGUUUUGGGGAGUGGCCAGAUCUUGUUGGAGUACAAAAGCAGAGCUCUAGUUGUUUAUGAACCAAGUAGUGGAAAGUUUAAGGAUCUUUUGUUUCAGGGGAUGCCUAAGUGGUUUCAAACCGUUGUUCACGAGGGCACUCUCAAUCCGAUACAUACUCUUGUUAACAUGUGAUGGUGGGCAAUGAGGAGACAGCGGCUCUUGCGCAGGUGCUUUGAUGGAAUAGAGGAGGAGGAGGAGGAGGAGGAGGAGGAGGAGAGGUU